AUGGCCGAGAUGAAAGAGCUGCUGCUGCAGCUGCAGAAAGACAACCGCGAUGGUCGCCUACGGAAGCAGGAGCUGGAAGAGCUGGUGCGCGGGCUAGAGGCCGAGAGCGAGAACCUCACCGGGCGCCUGCACGACCUGCGCGAGCGCGAGCGCAGCCUGAAGCGGAGGCGAAGCCAGGCGGCGCGAGCUCCUCGAGGGGAGGCGCGCGAGGCAGCGCGGGAGAGCGCGGAGAGGGCGCGCGGACAGCUGGAGGCGGCGGAGCGGCAGAAGCAGGACAUGGAGCAACACAACCGACAGCUGCAGGAGCAAUGGGAAGAGCUGUCCAGUCAGCUGUUCUACUACGGAGGGGAGCAGCUGAGUCAGCACCGCGCGGAGCAGCAACUGCAGGAGACCCAGCUGGCGGCGCUGCAGAAGCAGCUGGAGCUGGUGGAGGCCAAGUACGCUAUGCAGGCGGAGAGCCUGCGGCAGAGCGCGCAGCGGAAGGAAGAGGACUGGGCCAGCUUCCAGGAACAGAGCGGGGUCCUGCAGGAGCUGCAGGGGAAGGUGAUGGAGGCGGCGGCUGCGCUGGACGCCUCGCGUGGCGGCCCGGAACCAUNCGCCAUCCGCUGGGGGCUCCCGCGCCUCGGCUCGGACGCCGCUUUCCGCCGCCUGCGCUACGUGCUGUCCCCGCUGCUUGAGCUGCGCGUGCACGGGCUGCUGCCCGCCUAG